AUGAGCCACAUUUUGCAGGUGGGAGACACGGCAGGACGCCUAACAGUAGACCGAGGAUCCAGGAUCUUAUGGAGGCCAUUUGGAUUCUCAAGAAAGCUUCUCAAAGUGAGAAACUGUGGACUAAUUGAAUCAGUAUGGUUAAUUCCACUAGCUUGGUCAUCACUGAUACAGAACCUUAGCAAAGCACGUGGUAUUUUCUUGUUGGCUCAAAGAAAAAGAUUCUCAACCAUGUCUGAAACAGAAACAAAUCAUAGAGACUCUGAGUUGUUCGCACCACCCUCUGAUGUGCGCGGAAUGACAGAACUUGACAGAACAGCUUUCAAAAAGACCAUCACCAUUCCAGUGCUGAGAGUGAAAAAAGAAAUAGUCAAUAAAUUGAUGCGACUCCUUAAAAGGACAGCACUGCAGCGUCCAGGCAUAAAACGUGUGAUUGAAGAUCCAGAAGAUGAAGAAAGUAGGCUAAUUAUGUUGGAUCCCCAUAAAAUGUUUACUGGUAACUCCUUUGAGAAAGCAGAACUCAGUAUUUUAAAGCAGCUUAAUGUCAAUCCACAGAUCUCUAAAUAUAAUUUGGAACUAACUUAUGAAAACUUUAAGUCAGAGGAAAUCUUGAGGGCUGUGCUUCCUGAAGGUCAAGAUGUGACUUCAGGGUUUAGCAGAGUUGGACAUAUUGCCCACCUGAACCUUCGUGAUCACCAGCUACCUUUCAAGAAUUUAAUUGGCCAAGUUAUGAUUGACAAAAAUCCAGGAAUUACCUCAGCAGUAAAUAAAAUCAAUAAUAUUGAUAAUACAUACCGAAAUUUCCAAAUGGAAGUACUCUCUGGAGAGAAGAACAUGAUGACCAAGGUUCGAGAAAACAACUACACCUAUGAAUUUGAUUUUUCAAAAGUCUACUGGAAUCCUCGUCUCUCUACAGAACAUAGCCGUAUCACAGAACUUAUCAAACCUGGGGAUGUCCUCUUUGAUGUUUUUGCUGGAGUUGGGCCAUUUGUCAUUCCUGUAGCAAAGAAAAACUGUACUGUAUUUGCCAAUGAUCUCAAUCCUGAAUCCCAUAAAUGGCUAUUGCACAAUUGUAAAUUAAAUAAAGUAGAUCAAAAGGUAAAGAUCUUUAACUUGGAUGGGAAAGACUUCCUGCAAGGACCAGUCAGAAAAGAGUUAAUGGAGCAGCUGGGGCCACUGUCCAAAGAAAGAAAACACUCUGUGCACAUUGUCAUGAACUUGCCAGCCAAGGCUAUCGAGUUUCUCACUGCUUUCAAAUUGCUUUUAGAUGGGCAGCCACGUAGCCAUGAGUUCCUUCCCAUAGUGCACUGUUACAGCUUUUCCAAAGACGCUAAUCCUGCUAAGGAUGUUCAGCAACGAGCUGGAGCUGCCCUGGGUAUUUCUUUGGAGGCAUGCAGUUCAGUUCACCUAGUAAGAAACGUGGCCCCUAACAAGGAAAUGGUAUGCAUCACCUUUCAGAUUCCUGCUGCUGUUCUGUACCAGAACCAGCCCUUAAACUCAGAGACUCUUGAAGAUCCACCUCUUAAACGCCAAAGGACGGAUUAAGCCUUUUUAGAAGAAAAAAACCACAAACUGCUUAAUUGGAAAUGAUUUCUCCAUCUCCCCACUAGACUUUUAUGUAAAUAUAAUUUGUAUAACUUUGUAAAUUAGCUACUCAUUAAAACCCCUCUUGUGCUUGCUCUCUCACAGUCUGAGUAUUAUUAACUGAAUUCUGCUAUAUAUUAAAAUUAUAAUUUUAUAAAUAAUAUCUAACAUUUUAUUAAAUACUUAAAUACUGCCUACUAUUUGGGAAUAUAAUUUUUUGAAGGCAGGAUAAUGGUAUAAUAAAGUAGGAAAGCUUAAAAUUAAAGUGCUAUUUGUUGUUAUCCUUAAUUGGAGGAUGUAACUAUGAUUUAAGUAGUUACACCAUCACUAUAAAUUUUUUAAAAUGAGAUUACUUAGACCGAAACAGGCAGAUUAUGGCACACUACUUUUAUUUUGUGUGGCAGGUGACCUGAGAAUGCUUCUCACAUUUUCAUAUGGUUGAAAAAGAAACGAGUAACAUUUUUUUUUAAAUAAUGUUUAUUUUUUACAUCAUUUUGUGCCUUUUCCCAUGGGUUUCCCAUUA